AGUGUUGGUGUUUGGCCACUAGAGGCGCCACGCGCACAACUGUCCACAGGAUCAAUCGAUUCCAUCCGCUGUCAUAAGAAACUCCGGUAAACUGACCGAUAGACGACGUCUACGGAUAUUAAUUGAUAUUCAUUAGCGCCUGAGGAUGAACAGCUGAUUCUCUCCACUCUGAAUACACAAAACAAAUCCGCUUCACAAUGUCUGCUGACGGGCUGAACAGCGACACGGCUGACGACGACAAACUGGUCCAACCAAAGCUGGAAUUCAGGACGUUGCUGCACCAGGCGGGAGCGACUAAGGAGGUGUUCACCAUGAAGGAGGUGAUGUUCUACCUGGGUCAAUACAUCAUCCUGAAGCAGCUGUACGACCAGAAGCAGCAGCACAUCGUCCACUGCUCCCAGGAUGCACUGGGGCGGGUUCUGGGGGUCGACAGCUUCUCUGUUAAAGAGCCACGGGUUUUGUUCGCGAUGAUCACAAAGAACCUGGUGGCCGUGAAGAGCCAAGAGUCGCCUGCGAGCUCGAGUGAAGCGGCCGGCGCCUCUCGGACCGAGGAGGCCGAAUCAGAAAGUCACUCACCAGAAAGGAGGGGGAGGAGGAAGAGGAGGAGGAGGAGGAGCUUCCGGAGCAGCAGCGAGCCAAGUGGCUCCUCAGGGCCCUCGGACUCCUUAGAGGGAGACAAGAAGGAGUCAGAGGAGGAGUCGGGGGAGGAAGACGACGACGAUGAUGGUGAGGUGGAAGGCAGGAAGAGGAGGAGGUCCGACAGCUACUCCCUGACCUUCGAUGAGAGCCUGUCGUGGUGUGUGAUCGGCGGACUGGCGAGCGUACGGGACCGACACAGCAGCCAAUCAUCAGACUCCCACAGCACAUCUGGGAGGUCGGAGGUCACCGCCGCAGCGUCGGACUCUGACAGCGAUCACUUCAGCGUGGAAUUCGAGGUGGAGUCGGUCGACUCGGACGACUACGACGAAGACGAUGCGUCUCUCUCUGCGGACGACCAGAUUUACGAGGUGACCAUUUUUGAGGCGGAGGAGAGCGACUCCUUCGAUGAGGACACGGAGAUCACCGAAGCCGACUACUGGCGCUGUGCCAACUGUGAAGAGCUGAACCCGCCUCUCCCCAGGAACUGUCUGCGCUGCUGGGACCUCCGCAAGGAUUGGCUGUCUGAGGUGUCACUCAAUGUAACAAAGCCCGCCUCCUCCAGCCCCAAUGUCCUGCCCCCAAAGCCAACUGACCAAUCGGCAGGCAAAGACACUCAUGGUUCCGAUGUCGAGGAGAGCGACGGAGUAGACGUCCCGGAUGGGAAGAGAGUUAAAACCCCUCCCCCUUCGCAGUGCCACUCAGACUCCUCCCUCUCCUCCUCCCAGCCGUCCUCCACGGACUCCCAGGAGUCCUGCCCCCCCCCUCUUCCCUCCGCCGCACCCAAGCUGGACUGCGGCGCGGCGUGGCAGCUGCCCGAGUCGUGUUUGGACCCGUGCCUCAUCUGCCAGUCGCGGCCAAAGAACGGCUGCAUCGUGCACGGGCGGACGGGUCACCUGAUGUGCUGCUACGUCUGCGCCCGCAAGCUGAAGAAGAGGAACAAGCUGUGCCCGGUGUGCCGGCUGCCCAUCCAGUCGGUGGUGCUGACCUACGUCUGCUGAGACGCAACAUUUACCAAAGCGAAAGAAGUUUAGUUCCACUCGUCUGGCACGCGUUUGCACUUUCUAUCCCUCUUAGUGUUGUUCAUUAAAGACCCAAAACCAACAAUUCUCAUUUAUCUUUAUUUCCACUGAAGACAAAUCUGUGGAAGUUCAAACAAUUUAUUACUUUAGCGGUUUUAUUUCUCUCAUGUGGUCCCAUCAGGUGUUAUUGGCCUGAACAUCUGGAAGCAUCGUUAAUUUGCAGUAUAGUGAUGUUUUAAGUUUUAUUAACAUCCACUAUUGCGUCAAUAAUUAUAUAAACAUUUUAAACAUAAGAUACUUCCAUCUAAAUGAAAUGUAUUAGUUAAUGCAUAAAUCUUUUCCAUAGCGUGACUUUAGAUACGAUGGACCCGUAAAGAGUCUUCAAUUUUUAUUGUAUAUAUAGAAGUUGUGUGUAGUCUCUUUAUUUGAACAAAAUGUUCUUGAAAUUACAGCCAGAGAUCCUCUUAUUUAUAUCAUGUAUAUUUAAGCAGAGACUUUUUCAAUGAUAUGGAUAUAAGAACUAUAUUGUUUUAUAGAUUUUCUGUUGCCAAAUAAAGUUCAAUUUGUGGCCUGUUA